UUCCAGGGCACUCCAAACCGUCCAUUCGCUGCCUCAGUUUUCCGCAGCGCGAUCAGCGCUAGGUAACCACGUGACCUCGCCUCCACGUGUCUUCAUAUCAUGCGUCGCGCCGCAGCUCAAGCCAUUCACUUAGGCCGUCUCGCCGCCUCCGUCGCGCCUGUCGGACCCGCACCAUCUGCCGCGAUUCCCGCUUGUCUGUCCACGUCAGCCGCGAGCAGAUCGCCAUGGAUCGUGCCGUUCCCGAUGGCAAAUCAAAGCCUGUCAGCUGGCGCCGCUGCUGCGGCAAGAGCAUUCAGCGCACAGAGCGGCGGAGAUAGCGGCGGUGCUGGCGGCGGCUCGGAGGGCAAGCAGCUGAUCGCGUCGCUAUUGGUCGAGCGGCUCCCCGUCGUCAUCCCGAAGCCUCCCGAAUGGGCUCUUAAAUACGAGACGUUUAGUUUCGAGCGGAAGCAGCAAUACCGCAAGCAGUAUCCAAAAGAGUUUCUAGACGCGGCCGCAUCGUCCAAUGCAGGCGCGGAGGGCGAGGGCGAGGAGGAGGACGAGUACUGGGCGGCCGUUCUGGAGGCACCGUUCGAUGCGCCGUCAAGACGAACGGCUGCAGACGAGGCCAACGACGUGAGAUCCCUGCAACGAUCGCUGGACAAGCGCCUGUAUCUCGUGCUCAAGGGACCCUCGCUUGCCGGCCAAUCAGGAGGCGACACGUGGCACUUCCCGGAGAAGAUUUAUGAGAAUGAAGACUCGAUGCGCCAGUGUGCGGAGAGGGCAGCAGCAGCAUCCUUUGGCUCGUCCCUCAGCUUAUACUUCGUUGGCAAUGCUCCUUGCGCACAUGCACCCCUGCCCGCCUCCACUGCUUUCUUCUUCCGAGCCCAAGUGAUGGGAGGAGAUUUCGAACCGGCUGCCCGAACAAUAAAAGAUUUCGCGUGGGUGAGCAAGUCCGAGCUGCCCGAGUAUGUCGACUUCUCGUCAAUGCCGAACGGGACGGAACUCUUCCACUCGCUGCUGGUUGACGAAUGAUGGCGGGUCUCUGAGCCACUGACAGGGGAACCAAUUAAUUUCCUUGGAAAUUUGAGUGCUGUACUAGGGAAGGGACCAUACCGGUAUUAGAUUUAGCGCAGUGAGGUGUAGUGCACAAGGCUUGAUGGAUCGGCAUGACACUGGUGGAAAUGAGCUGCACUGUUCAUCUAUGUACAAUGCCGAGGUCAUGUUACAAUGUUGG